AGUGAGAGCGCAGAGGAGAGCUAACGGCGAGCGCGGCGGCGGUUGGGGGUAGCAGGGGCAAUCAGGCGUGCUGAUGGAGUGUAGAGUAACCGCGAUGCUUGACCUCUGAGGAAGCCUGACCCAGUCGGAGGGAGAGUUCACCGUCUGGAGACGAAAAAUCAGCGGCCGCUGGGCUUGGGCCUAACCCCCUCCCUCCUGCUCCCGGCACACCGGGCCGCAGCUCUGCUCCUGGCCGGGCCCAAUCGCGACCAGGCCUGGCGGCAAAGAUGAAGAAGGACGUGAGGAUUCUGCUGGUUGGAGAACCUAAGGUGGGGAAGACAUCUUUGAUUAUGUCUCUGGUCAGUGAAGAGUUUCCUGAAGAGGUAAUUUUCUCACAGUGGAUAUGGUGAACAAAUCUGAAAACUAGGUGGUGGGGUUCCUCUACGAGCAGAAGAAAUCACUAUCCCAGCAGAUGUCACUCCAGAGAAGGUCCCUACACACAUAGUAGACUAUUCAGAAGCAGAGCAGACAGAGGAACAACUUCACAAUGAAAUUUCCAAGGCUAACGUGAUCUGUAUAGUUUAUGCUGUCAACAACAGAAAUUCCAUUGACAAGGUAACGAGCAGAUGGAUUCCUUUAAUCAGUGAUAGGACUGAUAAAGAUAGCAGAAUGCCCCUCAUACUGGUUGGAAACAAAUCUGAUCUGGUCGAACAUAGUAGCAUGGAAGCUAUUCUUCCCAUAAUGAACCAGUACACAGAGAUAGAGACCUGUGUUGAGUGUUCAGCAAAAAACUUGAAGAAUAUCUCUGAGUUGUUUUACUAUGCACAGAAAGCUGUCCUGCACCCUACGGGUCCACUCUACUGCCCAGAAGAGAAAGAGAUGAAACCCGCCUGCAUCAAAGCCCUAACACGCAUUUUUAAGAUAUCAGACCAGGAUAAUGAUGGGAUUCUCAAUGAUGUAGAACUCAACUUUUUCCAGAGAACCUGUUUUAACACUCCAUUGGCACCGCAAGCUUUGGAAGAUGUGAAGAAUGUAGUGCGGAAAAACAUGAGUAAUGGUGUCGCUGAUAAUGGGCUAACGUUGGAAGGUUUUUUAUUUUUGCAUACACUAUUUAUACAAAGAGGGAGACAUGAAACUACUUGGACUGUUUUGCGCCGGUUUGGAUAUGAUGACGACCUGGAACUUACACAUGAAUAUCUAUUUCCAAUAUUGAAAGUUCCUUCAGAUUGCACGACUGAACUGAAUCACCAUGCAUAUCUUUUCCUACAAAGCAUUUUUGACAAACAUGAUUUGGACCGGGAUUGUGCAUUAUCACCUGAGGAACUAAAAGAUCUUUUCAAAGUGUUUCCCUACAUGCCUUGGGGUCCUGAUGUCAAUAACACUGUUUGCACCAAUGACAGGGGCUGGGUCACCUAUCAAGGUUAUAUUUGUCAGUGGACGCUGACUACAUACCUCGACGUUCAGCGAUGUUUGGAAUAUUUAGGUUAUCUAGGAUAUUCCAUUCUAAGGGAGCAGGAGUCUCAGACAGCAGCUAUCACAGUAACAAGGGAUAAAAAGUUGGAUCUGCAGAAAAAGCAAACACAAAGAAACGUGUUUCAGUGCAACAUUAUUGGUAUGAAGAACAGCGGCAAGACUGGAAUUCUGCAAGGUUUUCUGGGUCGAAAUCUGGCAAAACAAAGACAAAUAAAAGAAGAACACAAAUCACUUUAUGCCAUAAACACAACAUAUGUAUAUGGACAAGAAAAAUACUUACUGCUACAUGAGGUUUUGUCUGAUUCAGAGUUUAUUUCUGCCUCUGACACUACUUGUGACGUUGUUUGCCUUGUGUACGAUGUCAGCAAUCCCAAAUCGUUUGAGUAUUGUGCAAGGGUCUUUAAGCAACACUUCAUUGACAGCAAAACGCCAUGUAUUAUUGUAGCUGCAAAAUCAGACCUACAUGAAGCUAAACAAGGCCACAGCAUUUCUCCCACUGAGUUCUGCAACAAACACAAAAUGCCACCGCCACAAAGUUAUACCUGCAAUACUGUUGGCCCACCAAGCAAAGACUUCUUCGUCAAAGUGACUACCAUAGCUAUGUAUCCCCAUGCCCGAUUACGCUGUCUAUGCACCUGCAACAGGUGUACAUUUUGCAUCUGUCAGACCUUCCUCAACUCAGACUUGCUGCAAUCUGUAAAGACCAAAUUCUGCACUACAGUUCUUAACAGGUUAAAAGACCGAGUAGACGAGGUGGGUGCUUUGCUGUUGGCGAAUGAUGAAGGCAGUCUCGUUCAGCAAGUACAUGCGGUCAGCUGUGUUGAAGAUUCUAUCUUCAUGGGUUCUUCUGGUGCCUGCAGUUUACAGCCUGAAGACAGACACACAACACAGGCUGACCUGAAGACUUCAACCUUCUGGCUUCGAGCGAGCCUUGGGGCAACAGUGUUUGCUGUCCUAGGAUUUGCUGUGUACAAAGCAUUACUGAAACAGCGGUGAUCAGAAUGGUGCUGCAUCCUACGGUCACCAUCUCAGUUUUAUAAACAGUUUCAAGAGGCUGCAAUGAAUAUUCUGAGUGUUUUUUUUAUUUUAAUAUGCAAGCAUUUCUUUAAAGGUAGGGUGCAAGACAGUACUAAAAGAUCGAGCUGGCCAGUGGCUAGGUGAUAUCUGAAAGAGCGAUACAGACUUGAGCGAUACUGACCCUUCUGCCAUUUCCAAACCCACUUUUGUUUGGAAGUAAUAUCCCUAGGGUACCUGUCAUGUAAGAACUCAAAUCUGCCAAUCUCAGAUCCCCAGAAGAGAUAUAAUUGUGUAAAUACUGUAAAUAAGGAUGCAAUACACAAACAGCUUUGUUCCCCUAGAUGCCCGCUACAGUUAGUCCUACUCUAGCUCAAUAGUGCAACAAAUCGAAUGUUACAGAGUGGUUGUUUCAUGUGGAUAUUUAAAACUUGAUCCACCAGCCAGAGUUGCCUGGUGUUUAAAACAAUGAGAGAGUUUUAUUUAUUCUAUAGUUAAUAUUUUAAUUUCAAGGAAGCACGUCUGCACAGAGAGGAAUCGUCAAGAGAUUUAUUUCUCAGGGUAUCGGCCUACAAGGAAUAGUGACCAUUGUUCUUUUUUUCUCUCCCUGAGUAAAACUGACCUUAUCUACCCAGUAAAUUAAUUUUAUAUUGGGGGGGCUAACAGGUAUUAUUUCUGUCUUUUUCCCCAACCCCUCAGAUUAUUCUGCGUUGUUCUUUAAGGUAGGUUUGGUGGGGGGGAACAAAGAUGGUCUUGCAGGUCCCAGGAUCUUAACACUCAAGUAAAUAAGGGAAGACUUCCUCCUCUUUUACCCUGUGCUGUGUUGCAAUGCAAAGGCAGUGCGGGUAUUGCUUUGUUAGUGUCUCCUAGUUGCAUGUUCCACUUUAUCUCUUUUACAGUUAGCUCUAAAAUACCACUCAGCAAAUUUUCUGUUACAGUCAACUUCCGUUCUUCCUGUAUAUUAAACCAAUAACUAUUGCAUCACAUUGUUUUUCAUCCUUGACUUUUUCAAACAGUUUCAAUAAAUAUCUAUGUGCUAUAUCGUACAUUCUUUUGGUUAAUU